ACAGAGGAGACAGGAGGGCAUCAGUUAUAUACAGAAGGGUCAGUAAGGUAAUCAGUUAUAUACAGAGGGGACAGGAGGGUAUCAGUUAUAUACAGAAGGGUCAGUAAGGUAAUCAGUUAUAUACAGAGGGGACAGGAGGGUAAUGUUAUAUACAGAAGGGUCAGUAAGGUAAUCAGUUAUAUACAGAGGGGACAGGAGGGUAUCAGUUAUAUACAGAAGGGUCAGUAAGGUAAUCAGUUAUAUACAGAGGGGACAGGAGGGUAUCAGUUAUAUACAGAAGGGUCAGUAAGGUAAUCAGUUAUAUACAGAGGAGACAGGAGGGCAUCAGUUAUAUCCAGAGGGGACAGGCGGGUAGUCUAUUAUAUACAGAGGAGACAGACAGGCAUCAGUUAUAUACAGAGGGGAGUCUAUUAUAUACAGAGGAGACAGGUGGGCAUCAGUUAUAUACAGAGGGGACAGGAGGGUAGUCUGUUAUAUACAGAGAGGACAGGAGGGUAGUGUUAUAUACAGAUGAGACAGGAGGGCAUCAGUUAUAUACAGAAGGGUCAGUAAGGUAAUCAGUUAUAUACAGAGGGGACAGGAGGGUAUCAGUUAUAUACAGAAGGGUCAGUAAGGUAAUCAGUUAUAUACAGAGGGGACAGGAGGGUAUCAGUUAUAUACAGAAGGGUCAGUAAGGUAAUCAGUUAUAUACAGAGGGGACAGGAGGGUAAUCUUGUAUAUAGAGAGAACUAAAAUGCUGAUCUCCUUCAGUAAAAGCACUGAGUCAGACAAGGAUCUAUUAAUAAUAUACUAGUUGAAACAGAAACUACUUGUGGACAAAGAGCAAAGCUUCUUUUAAUCUACAGAGCACAGAGAGGGGAGGGGCAAAAGUAGGUGCAGCUUCAUAAGAGGAAAAACGAGAAAGUAAAUAGGAAGUGAGAUUCAAGCAGGAGACACAGGGAAUAAGCACAUUUGUUAGAGAUUAAGGUCUAAUUGCUGCACAGACAGCUGCUGGGCUACAGUGUCUGACACAAGGGCUGUAGGCCGGAACCUGCCAUGGCUAGUGGUGAGGUGGGCUUGCUGCCCCCUGAUGGCACUUGUGAUGCCUGCGAGCCAGACGAGCCCAGAGAAGCAGCAGAGAUCUGUGAUGAUUGUGGCUUUUCCUUCUGUGACACUCACGCCGAGGAGCACAGGGCUAUAUUCCCAGGGCACAGUAUCAGGGACUUCUCGCAGGAGCUGCCUGCAGCACUGGGCACCAGCAAUGAACAACCAGAGACUGACGACAAGAAAAAAUGCCCAACACACAACCAGGAACUGAGUUUGUACUGCAGGGAGGACAAGGAGAUAAUCUGUGUCCUCUGUGCUGUCACCGGCAAUCACAGGCAGCACCAGCUUAUUACCCUUAGAGAAGCCUAUUUAGAAAUGAAGAACAGAAAGCCUGUUGACCUGAAGAUGGCCAUGACUGAGAUGAUAGAGCGGCUAAAGAGCAAGUGCGCAGAUCCAAGAGUCAGUCGGGGUGACAUAAAAGCCUUCGUCCAGAUGCAGUUUGAGCACAUGAGGCAGUUGGUUCAGGAAGAGGAGCACCGGGCUCUGCACUUUGUGGACCUUCAGGAGGCAAUGGCCUCAGCUCAUGUGACCGAAGUGCUGGAAGAGCUCAAUGUCACCAUGGGCAAUCUGAUGACUGAGAUGGUAGAGGUCACCCGGCAGCUAAACAGCUUCAACCAGAUAGCAAUGGAGAGAGAUGAGGACCCAGAAGACAAUUCCAGGGAGGACGGACCCUCUCAAAAUUCAGCUGCUGAAGGAAGCUCCAGAUCUUAUUUUAAAGACCCUCCAAAAGGCAAUGGACCUUGGUGAAAAGCGCUUGCAGGCAAUGGGUCUAUACACUUUCCGGUGUCGUCCUGUCUGGUCAUUCCAGUUACCGAGUCAGGAGGGAACAGCACUUCCGAGACCACAUCUGCUUCCAGAGCCUGUCUAGGUUUAUAGGACAUUUCAUGGUUUAAAUAGGAAGAGAACUGUUUGAUCUAAAAGCAAAGACUUCUUCAAGAAAGUGCAUUGGAUUUUGUAGUGGUCUCUAUCUUCCUACUGUGAUAUAAUUAACCCCAAUUAGGGUUGAUACACAAGCGUGGUAUGCGUAAUUAUCCCAGCAACACAUCUGUUUAGUAUCUUUAUGGGCAUUUGUACUGAGAGGUUUAGGGUAAGUGACCAGAAUCGCAUGCCACGUUACAUAGAAUAUGAGCUUAUUAAGCGACAAUUACAUUAUUUAAAUAUAACUAAAAGAUAAUUACAAUGUUCUCCCCAGAACCCUUGUAAUGAUUAUACUGGCCAGCAGCUAAUAAUGAAGCCAGAAUUCAAGUAAAAUUAUCUAAUAUUAUUUUUUUAAAUAUGUGGUUUAGCUAGAAGAAAAUGUUAUAAUAUUACAAAAUAUUACACUGCCCCACCCAGCUACUUCCUAAUGCCACCCCGCUGGCAACAUUUUCGGUGGAAAACAGUGAAUUGGUUCCUUGAUGAAUAUGCAAGUUAUGCACCAGUAGCUCAGCCUCAUAGAGGUGACCAAGGAACCCCUGGCAUCUGGUCUUGAAACUCUAGACCAACAGCAGGUGCAAUGCAAGCCCGGACAUGAAGUCUGCUAUACGUAGCAUUCAGCAUAUCUACAUUAACAAUCUGGUACAUUAUUAACAGAAUACAGAGAAAUCCGCUAUCACUUCACGUACUGUUUAUGGGUUUUGCUUCACUAACUUCUUGGAUGCCAAUGACACUCUUGAUACCAAAGUAUCAUCUCCUUCCCCACGAUGGUACAACUGUCGGGGGUGCAGGGAAACCCUACCACACAGUGGGCAUCACACAAGGCCCAGUUGUUUCCUCUUCUUCAACUAAAUGAUAGCAUAUACCAUGUAUAGAUAUAGCACUUACUGGGCUUGACAGCAAAAGAUGUCCUUUAUUCAAGUGACGUUUCGGGGGAAUACACCCCUUCAUCAGACCUUUAUUUUAUUUAUAUAUAUAUAUAUAUAUAUAUAUAUAUAUAUAUAUAUAUAUAUAUAUAGAAGAGAAAAAACUGUGCACUCACAUAAGAGACAAAAUACAGAUCAUAUUCAGUCUAAUAUCAGACAAAAUCUAUAUGCAAUGCAAAAGUAGACAAAUGAAACUCAAGGAAAAAAUCUCCAAGUGCUAAAGAAAAGUCUUACAGUUCAGUAGUGUUCAUAACUAUAGUAAAGUCUACUUAGGUUGCGGCUGCUUCUUGAAAAUGGUCUCCGGCACCUUCUCGGAGUAUGGUAAAAUCUGAGGAUAAGAGAAAAAGCACACAAAACAAACCUAUAUAGUGUAGUAGCAACAAAGUAGCGGUUUGUGUCAAGUGAAUCAGGAGAGGAUUAUAAAGUUAAAACAUCCACUUUAUUGAAUAAAUCCAUUAAACGAUCCAAAGGGCACAGCAAACAGAUGCAGUGCCUGUUUGCUGUGCCCUUUGGAUCUUUUAAUGGAUUUAUUCCAAGUAUACCCCGGGGGGGGGGGGGUACUUAGAGCUUUGGUAAGGGUACUCAGUGGCUUGAUCUUUCGUUAUUUUUUGCCCACUUUCGGGGCUAUGCACUAUUGCCUUAUUCGUUUUUAAAUAAUAAUAUUCAUGUGUUGCAGUUAUAGGGUACUUAGGGUACAAAUUUAUGCCUGUAGGGGUAUUUGGUACAAAAGGAUUGGGAAACACUGGUGUAGUAUAUUUAAAAUAACAGAUAAGAGACAAAAAGUAUAAUAAGUGUCCACCCCCCAGGGUUUUUACUCACAGGAUAUAACCUCAACUGAAAUAAGGUAUGAUCUGUGUGAAAGUAAAUACUAGGAGUCCCGAGAGCGGUCCCGCUACAUGCACAAGCCGGAAGGUGUGCAUUCACUCAGGCUCUGGAAUGAUGGAAGGUAAAUCUCUGCGUAUGCAGAAUAGGAUUCUUACUAAAUCCAGAUGACAAUAGGUAUUAGGGAAACACUGAAACCUUUCUUGAGUUCAAACGGCAUCCGCUGAUAGCUGAGUAUGAGUAUGUGCCUAGUGACCUCUGGGAACCUCUACGUGUGUACUGAGGUAAGGUGGGCGGUGCCUUAUGCAUUUUGUGGUAUGUCACCACUUCGUCAGAGUAUUAUUCACGCCCACUGGAAGUCUCCAUAUUUAUGUGUAAAUUAUAAGUCCAACCACUUCAAAAUCACUAUAGUAAAAUAGUAUCUUACUCAAGAGUAGAGGAAACAUAGUAAUAAACUAAACAAAGUCAUCACUAUAUAUCACUCUGUUAUAUUAAAUAUUCUACACUAUGCAGGUUUGUUUUGUGUGCUUUUUAUCUUACCCUCAGAUUAUAUAUAUAUAUAUAUAUAUAUAUAUAUAUAUAUAUAUAUAUAUAUAUAUAUAUAUAUAUAUAUAUAUAUAUAUAUAUAAUGGAUUUUACAUGUAAAUUUAAUUUAGAGCAUUAAAGCAUCACACCAUUACCACAACUGUGAGUGUACCCAGUGCCUUUAUCCAACUUUAUAUAAUUGUUUGUGUAUAUGUAUGUGUGUGUAUUUGUGUGUGUCUGUGUGUGUAACAUAGUAGAUGAGGUUGAAAAAAGACAGAAGUCAACCUAUACAAAUUCUAAAAUACUUACAAUAAAAGCUCCAGUUAGCUUAAAUUAAUCCUACUAAAAGGUGACCUAUUUAACACAAGCAAUUAUAUCCCUGAAUUCUGUUUCUAGGCAGAAAUGUAUCUAAACCAUUUUUAAAUGUAUCUAAGGUAUUGGCAUUUACUACCUCCUUAGGUAAUGAGUUCCACAAUUGAUUGCUCUUAUAGUGAAAAAACGUUUAUGUUGAUGGAGAUAAAAUCUCCUUUCCUUCAACCUUAAAUUGUGACCUUUUGUCACAAACAAUUUUCUUGGAAUAAGCAGAGCUUCUGCCAUCUCUGUAUAUGGGCCUUGAAUAUAUUUAUAUAAAGUAAUCAUGCCUCUCAAGCACCUUUUUUCUAGAGAAAUCAGACCCAGUUUGGCUAAACUCUCUUCAUAGCUUAAAUUCUCCAUUCCCCUUAUUAGUUUUGUGGCCCUUCUCUGAACUUUUUCAUAGUCUACAAUGUAUUUUUUUGAGAUUGGUUCCUAGAACUGCACAAUCUCAAGGUGAGGUCUUACCAGGGAUUUAUAUAGUGACAGAAUUAUGCUUUUCUUCCUUGUAUUAAUGCCUCUUUUAAUACAUGCUAGUAUCUUAUUAGCCUUACAAGCCGCUGCCCUGCAUUGUGCGCCCAUCAUUAGCUUGUUAUCUAUUACUACUUCCAAAUCCCUUUCCUUCUCUGUUUGGCUAAGUCUUGACCCAUUUAAAUAAUAGGUUGCCUGCUUAUUUUUUUUUUUUCUUCCAAAAUGUAGAACCUUGCAUUUUUCAGUAUUAAAUCUCUUUUUCCAUUUACCUGCCUAUACCUCUAUAUUUUUUAGAUCCCCUUGUAAAGCAAAUCCUGCCCUGACCUAAUGACCUUACAAUAACUUUGUAUCAUCUGCAAAAAUAGAGGUGUCGCUAUGUAUUCCUUGCUCCAAGUCAUUAAUAAAAAUAUUAAAAAGGA